AAUUAAGAAAACAAGCAAAAAGUUUAGAAAUUAGCGGAGAACGACUGAGGGGUUCUUUGGAUUUGGCUGAUUUCAUUAAUGUGGAAGAAUUAUAUUGUUAUGAUAACCAAUUAACCGGAAUUAAAUGGGCUACUGGUGUACCAAGUAAAUUACGGGUCUUGCACGUGGGAAAUAAUAAUUUUCCGGCUCAAGAUCUAUCUUUAUUUAGUUCUUUGGCGGCUUUAGAAACACUUAACCUAGGAAAUAAUAAUUUUACUGGCAGUUUGCGGUGGUUAGAAGGUUUAAUCAAUCUCCAAGCAUUAGAUAUCAGCGAUACUAAUAUUGAUAGCGGCUUAAAUUAUUUGCCAAAGAGUGUGAAAAGUUUAUUUUGUCGAGUAGAAAGAAAAGUUAGUUGUCAAAAAAUUAAGGAAGAAUUAGAAAAUUAUCAUUUGGGGCAUGAUUGUUAUGACUUGGCUGCCUGGCGAAAGGAGGAAGAAAACAAUAACAAAGAGUUUUAUAAUUUAGGCACGGAAUUAGCAGAUCCAGAAGAGAAAUUCCUGAAACUGGCUGGCAACAUUUUUCAUGAGUUUGCCCAGAGCGAAAGAGAAAAAAAUGAUACAACGCUCUGGCAAAAGAAGUUAAGAGAAUUCCGUCAGGCGUUGGCCGAGAUGGACCAAAGUGAAGAAGAAAAUGUUUUUAACCUGACUAAUUUCCGGAACAAAUUUAAAUUUGAUCCACAUGAUCUAGUGUCCGUAGUUGAAAAAUACAUAUUAGCACAGGAAAAGGAAAAUAGCAAGCAAAGCGAAGAGAAGUUAGGGUCCCAAG